AUGAAGGUGAAGGACGAAAUAAUUGAUAGCACGGAUAUAUUGUUCAAAUGUCCACAAUGUGAACUUGCAUUCGAAUGUUUACUUGCCCUCGAUAACCAUAUUCGUUUCCAUACAAACGAGCACCCAUUCGAGUGUUUCAACUGUCACAAGUCGUUUCAGACUGACACUGAGUUGUAUGCCCAUGGACAGUUGUCCAAACAUUGCUCGGGUAAGGUCAAACGGGACAUAAGUGAUAAUCAUACUUGUAACAUCUGCAAGAAGGUUCUGUCCACACCUUAUGCCUUGUUGAGACACCAACGUCUUCAUACUGGAGAACGGCCCUUUAGAUGCGUCGAGUGCCAUGAAACUUUCAUUGAUGCCGGUCAGCUGUCUAAACAUAUGGUCACCCACCAAGGCAGUAGUGAUCUACAAUGCAAAAUCUGUAAUAAAGUUUGCGUAUCUCAGAAGCGAUUAGCUGAUCACAUGUUCCUUCAUAAUGGCAAGAAACGCUACCAAUGUCCAGUCUGUGAUAAAAGAUGCCGGUGUAAAAGCCACCUAGAUGAUCAUUUAAGGAUUCACAGCGGAGAGAAGCCUUUUGAAUGUGCCUUAUGCUAUGACUGUUCUGAGACAUUCGAAUCAACUCGGUCUUUAUGGAGACACAGUCGUAUUCACAAUGGUAACUCCUGUGUCCAGUGUCACGUGUGUCAAAGAAUGUUUUCUCAUCCUCAGAAGUUGACUAAUCAUAUGGUAAAACAUCAAGGAGAGCGCGUAAAAAGAUUCCGAUGCGACAGCUGCGGUCAUCGUUUUCCGGAUAGCACGCAUUUACGGGAUCACAUGAUGGUUCAUUCUGGAAUUAAACCGUAUGAAUGCAACGAGUGUCAUCACAAAUUUAUUAGAAAGCGUGAGUGGGAAACCCAUAUGCGUAUUCAUACUGGAGAGUUACCCUUUAAAUGCACGAAAUGUGACAAAUCCUUUAGAGCUGCGACUUACCUGCGAAAUCACAUGCUCACGCAUUCCGAAUCGAAGCCCUUCCAGUGUCCAGAAUGUGACAAGGGUUAUGUCAGGCGUUCGAAACUGAGACUCCACAUGAUGAACCAUACUGGAACGAAACCGUUUAAAUGUGAUGAACCAGGUUGCGGGAAAUCUUACUGUGAAAAGCGAGAGUUUGUUCACCACGCCAUGACUCAUCGCGGAGAAAAACCUUACCAAUGUCGGGUUUGCCACAAGGCGUUCACAAUGAAGGGCAAUAUGGUGCAACAUGAAAAAAUACAUAACAGACCAUAG